UUCUCAUUAGAUCUAUUAUCGCAUUAAAUUGUUUUUUUUUUUUAAGACUACAUUCCAGGGCUAAGGAAGCUCCUAACAAAAUAUAAUAAACAACAUAUAUAGGGCCUAGAUUAGGGCUAUACACAUUAGAAUUGGAUAUAGUCUCAAGUUAAACAAUACAUAUUACAAUCUAUUCUGUGGCAUUUUAUGUCUCGAGAGACGAUCUUUUCCCUUUGCAACUUCUUGUGUGACUAAAGAGGCCAAUCCUUGAUACACAGCUGCGAUCGCAGGUUGGGCAUAUGUAAUCACCAGGCGCCGUUACAUUUUCACCCUUCUUUCUGCUUCUGUUGUGUAUGACAUCUGCAUCUGACCUUUCCUUUAUGCUCUCUCUCCAUGUGGAUCUAUCCAGUGCCACCUCUUCCCAGCUGCUAGUGUCGAUUUUGAAGAGCUUCACGUCGCGUUUGCAUACAUCCGUAUAGCGUAAAAGUGGGCGACCAGCGGCUCUCUUGCCUUCUAUUAGAUCGUCAUUCAGAAUUACAAUCUAAAGAUUACAAUGUUAGAUCUACAGCCUGGAUCUAACUGCAUGAAUAGCAAUUCUUUUAAAUGCAUAAAAAAAACCAGCUAUUUUAUUCAUAUAGACCUACCAGCACACACAUUACGUCACUACGCAGUGUUUUCCAAACACGUAACUCACACAUUCUGAGCAUUUAGCCUAAUAAUUUAAUGGAACACUUUGCUUUUUUUUUCAGAGAGACUAAAUCGUGUGGUCCCCUAAAAUUAUUCUAGUAGAUCGUAAUCGUGGAACAUUAUUCAUUGCAGGCCCCGAGGAAUACUGUUUGUGAAACACUGCACUAUCGCCCUAUAGUUACACUAUAGUACUAUAGACCAGCAAAUUAAUUUUUCUUGAUUAAAAUAAAACUCAAAAUCGAAGAGAAAAACCCAAGCUUCGAUCACGGUCAUUACUAUAACUAAAUGGUCCACACAUGCUGUCAUUCUGAAUGACCAAGAUCUGGUGUUCGGAUCGGUCUACUCUAAACUAGAUCCAGAUACUCAGAUAGAGUCUUAUGAAUUUUAAGAAUAUUUUUAGUUUUUCAGUAUAUGGUUGGUUAAGAUGUCACAAACAAUGGAUGAUGCCAAUUUAAAGCCAUGUUUAUUCAAUGCAGUUGAUCAGAAUGAAGUUGGGCAAGGUACAAAUAAACAAUUACCUUCUGAGAAACUCAAUGAGCUGGUCACAAGAUUUGAGAAAUUUGAUGAGACUACAAAUGAUGGUAAUUGCAGGGAUGUUUUGUUGAAUGUUUUUGACAUUGGCAAAGAUGCAAAACAUCUAAGUAGAGAACAGAAAGACAAGAUAGCCAAGAUUUUAAAAAAUAAGGCAUCUUUUAUGGAUAACUAUUUAAUCACUUUUGGAUUGGAAUUUAAUUCAGUGGGCGCUCCUUCACUUUUGAAAUUUCGCUCAGCAUUAGAGUAUAUGAAAAAAUUUUAUGGCUGUUUUCCCGUAGAUGGAGAGGGAAAAAAUAUUGAUUUAGAUGAAGACAAUGGCACAAGUGAAGUUUUGGAUGAGGCUGUUUCCUUUUUAAAAAAACAUCUUUAUGUUGGAAUAGAACCAGAAGGAUAUUCAUUUGAAGAUCUACUAAGACCUUGUGACAUACCUAAAAGUCAUACCUGGUGGUUUAACGUUGAUGAGAAUGGAGUAGAUCAAAGUACAAAUAAACAAUCACUUUCUGAGAAACUCAAUGAGCUGGUCACAAGAUUUGAGAAAUUUGAUGAGACUACAAAUGAGGAAAAUUGCAGGGAUGUUUUGUUCAAUGUUUUUGAAAUUGGCAAAGAUGCAAAACAUCUAAGUAGAGAACAGAAAGACAAGAUAGCCAAGAUUUUAAAAAAUAAGGCAUCUUUUAUGGAUAACUUUUUAAUCACUUUUGGAUUUGAAAUUAAUUCAGUGGGCGCUCUUGCACUUUUGAAAUUUCGCUCAGCAUUAGAGUUUAUCAAAAAAUUGUAUGGCUGUUUUCCCGUGGAUGGAGAGGGAAAAAAUAUUGAUUUAGAUGAAGACAAUGGCACCAGUGAAGUUUUGGAUGAGGCUGUUUCCUUUUUUAAAAAUCAUCUUUUGGGUGGAUUAGAGCCUGUAGGGUAUUCGUUUGAAGAUUUACUGAGACCAUGUGACAUACCUAAAAGUCAUACCUGGUGACAUAUACAUAGAUAUCAUAAAAAAAAACACACUGGAGUAUUUCAUAAAAUUUUCCAUUCAAUUCAGUAUUAUAAAUAUUUAGGAAUGAAUUAAUAUACGGGUACCUGUAUAUGUUUAUAGUGUAAAAAAAAGAUUGAUUUUUAUUAAUUAAUUUUAUAGUAAGCUUUUAUUAAGCUGCAGUAAUUAUUUUUCACAUUUCAAAUGUCUCUCCACCAAAUAUCAAUGAAUAAAAUACUCAUAUAACAGUAUGUGUUAUGUAAUUUUAAUAUUGAAAAAAAAAAAAGAACCUAUGUUAUGUCUGUAUGCUAAUUAAUAAUAUGAGCCUGUUGUUUAUAACAUAAGCUCUUUUGUACCUUUUUAAAAAAAGUGUAUUACAUGACUUAAAAGUAGCUUAUGUGAAAUUGGUUUGUCUGUUUCAGACUUGUAUAUAGUUGAAUCCAAUAGUUCAUUUGAAAUAAAUCUGUAUCAUGGAUAGCUUAUAACAAUUUCAUCUCUAAAAUGUGUGGGGUUUUUUGUAUUUCAGCCUUUGUAUUGUUGACAAAGUGUUUGCCUGAAUGCAAGCUCAUGUUAUGUGGAUUCCAAUAUUCAUAUAUUUAUAUGUAUUGACUCAGAUUAAUAAGAACAUUUAUGACAUUUUUUAAAUAGAGUUUUUUACAUUUUGUAAAGUAUCAUUUCACUUUCACAUCUGUUGGGGCACCAAACAUGAUUUGUUGACCAUCUUUCUCCAUUCCUCUUUUUUUACCUGGAAUAGAAUCUUUUUCAAUGACAGGCCCAUCCUUUCUUUUCAUCAUUUUCUCUGUCUCAUCUUCUUUUUCCUGGUACUGAUCCCUGAAGGAAGGUCUUUGUGAGCAAUGGGAACCUUGUGAUAUGGCCAUAAAGUUUGAGUUUUAGUUUUUGACAGUGGUUAGCAGGUUACCAUGGGGCCCAAUAGUUGUUGUGGUCCUGUUUCUAAUUUUUUUUAUUUUUUUUUUUUGUUCCUAGGACACCUAUAGAGCAUCUCAAUUCCUUAGCUAUGAUCCUCCUCUCUAGUUCUGCAGUUAGCAUAUAAGACUCACAAGUAUAUAAGAAUGACUAACGAGUGUGUCAUUCUUAUUUUAGUGUAGAGGGUUAUGCCUUAGCAGCCUUUGUCUUUCCAGAUUGUUUCUCAAGUGAUGCUGUGGACUAUGCAAUUCAGGCCAGUAGCUCAGGUUUUGUUCAUUCAUCAGAAACGAUAGCUUCUAGGUAUUUAAAAUUAUUAAUUUUGUCAACCUUUUUCCUCCAAUACUGAUGUCCCUUUUCAAGCCCUGUUGCCUUUGACUUUUUUUUUAUUGUUAUUGAUUUGAGGAAGUUAAAAGUUCUAACUAAUUCUAUGCUGAAUAUUUACAACACAUUCCACUUAUGGAGAAAUAGAUUUGAACAGAAUACUGGUGUACGUAUAUGUAUAUAUACUUUAUAAAGAAUAAUAUCAGCAUUGGACAGAAAAUCUAUAUGCUAUGAAAUGUCCUAUUUGUAAAAGUGUUGUUUUUGCAUCAAUAAAAAAGUUGUAAUGUACCA